AUGACUUCGUCAAGCACUCUUCCUCACAGCUGGGCUGACCGUGUCAUACCCAAUGUCCAAACCUAUCCACAUGAUGGUUUACACUUUGAUCCCAGACUUAGACCCAAGACCUACAAUAUGGCGGGUACGCCAGCCGGCUCUCAGGUGUUGUUUUUAGACGUCAAUAUUCUUGACUCUACUGGGAGAGAGCCGUACAGAGGAGAUGUCCUUAUCCAGGGCGAGCGCAUUGUCGCCGUCGGAACCGUGCCCGACAUCGAGACUCUCCGCAACCAGGACGGAGUAGAGGUGAUUCAAGGCGAAGGCCGUACUCUGAUGUCUGGUCUUGGAGAUGCACAUGCCCACCUCACUUGGAACAACAAUGCUCUAGGGUUAUUGGGAGAUGUUGGCGUUGAAGAGCAUACCCUAAUCACUGCAAGGUCGGCUCUUAGCUACAUUGACUCAGGGUAUACUAUGUGCUAUGGCGCCGCGUCAGCAAAGAACAGACUGGACUCUGUUAUUCGCGAUGCGAUCAAUAGUGGACAGCUGCCUGGCCCGAGAUAUCUAGCCAACGCAAUGGAAAUUGCCAAGCGUGAUGCCGAAUUGGCGUCUGGUAUUACUGCUUUCGCAGAUGGUCCUCUGGAAAUGCGCGAGGUCAUUCGCCACCAUGCAAAGUUGGGAGUAGAUCAGAUCAAGCUUAGCAUGUCUGGAGAAGCGAUCAUGGAAUCGCGGUCAGCCGAAGAGAGCUUUUUCACGGACGAAGAAACAGCCGCUUGUGUUGAUGAAGCGCACCGUCUCGGGCUUCGGGUUUGCUCCCACGCUCGUGCCCGAGACUCUAUCAUUCAAUGCGUCAAGCACGGUGUAGAUGUCAUCUACCACGCCUCGUAUAUCGACGACGAAGGUAUGGAUAUGUUGGCAAAAGCAAAACAUAAACAUGUCGUUGCACCGGCGAUCAACUGGCUGUACACCACCGUACAUGAGGCUGAGCCGUUCGGAUAUACAUUUGAACAGGCGGAAAAAGUGGGAUACAAGAAGGAGCUCGAGACUGCCGUCUCAGCGCUGAAGGAAAUGCGCCGCCGCGGUAUUACGAUCCUUCCUGGCGGUGAUUAUGGCUUUGCCUGGUGUCCACACGGCACCUACGCUCGAGACCUUCAACAUUUUGUGAACCUAUUGGGAUUCACGCCCAUGGAAUCAAUCAUUGCGGCGACCGCAGGUAUUGCAAAGCUUUUCAUGCGAGAAGACGAACUAGGCAAAAUCCUGCCGGGCUUCUACGCAGACUGCAUCUUAGUGGACGGCAAUCCACUAGAAGAUAUCUCUGUUCUGCAAAAUCAUUCGAAGCUCCAGGUCAUCAUGAUCAAUGGCAGAAUCCACAAGAGAAGCUUGCUGCACCCCAUUCGUCAUGCAGUUUCCGCCAAAGAAAAAGAGCAUUUCAACUACAUUUCAUACGCAGAUGAAUCCGGCAGACCACGAGUUGGCCAUCUCGACUUAAACGACAACAAGGUCUACCCCCUAACGAUGGCUUCGGGUUCGCACCUCGGAAAUAUGUAUGAAGUGAUCGAGCUCGGCGAAGGAGGAGUAGUUCGUGGCACAGGCCCUCCUGUUUCUCUCAGUUCCCUAAAAUUGUUGCCUCCGCUUGCAGAUCGAGACGUCCUAUGCAUCGGUGUGAACUACCGGAGGCACAUCAAAGAAUACCAGGAGAGUGGUUUCAGCAGGAACAACGACGAGGCUAAUGCACCGCUCCCAGUCGUCUUUUCCAAGAGACAUACAAGCAUUAUUGCUGCCGACGAAGACAUAUAUCCACACCCCAAGUUUACGAGGACCGUUGACUACGAGGGAGAAGUCGCGGUGAUUAUAGGCAAAACAGGAUAUGGCAUUCCCGCUGAAAAUGCGAUGGAGUAUGUUUGGGGAUAUACCAUUGUCAACGAUGUUACUGCCAGAGAAAAGCAACGGGAUCACCAGCAGUUCUAUAUCGGAAAGUCACCCGAUACCUUCUGUCCGAUGGGCCCGGUUGCAGUUCCUGCAGCAGCGUUGCCUCCAACACUCCGAAUCCAGACAUAUGUGAACGGAGAAAAACGCCAAGAUGGAAGCACAGCAGAUCUAAUUGCUAGUAUUCCUCGAAUUAUCGAGGCUGUAUCCAGCGGCAUGACUCUGCAGCCCGGUGAUGUGAUUGCGACGGGCACUCCGCACGGUGUGGGAAUAGGCUUCCAUCCACCAAAGUUCCUCAAACCUGGCGACAUUGUCGAAGUGGCCAUUACGGGGUUGGGCAAGCAAUCUAAUCAGAUCGCGAUGUCAUGCUUAGAGAACCCUCAAACCAGCAAAGCAGUCAGCAAGACUAGUCUUCCAGUACAUAACCUAGAUCGGACUUGGGGAGGCGUAUCGCUUACACAGCUUCGUCCCAAUCACCGCGUCAACGUGCGCGAACUUGGUCCCAAGAACACGGAGAAGGACACUCUUGUCUUUAUACACGGUCUCGGAGCGAGUCUGGAGUAUUACAUGCCUUUGAUCCAGGCUGCAGGACUAGAAGAAAGCAAACACCGCAUCAUAAUUUACGACCUCGAAGGACACGGAUUGACUCCGACUCGGUCCUCGACAACUGCCACCCUGCAGUCGUAUGCGAGGGAUCUAGAAUUGCUGCUUUUGGUCAAAGACGUCCAUCGUGCUGCAAUUGUCGGAUGGUCUCUGGGCGGACUGAUUGCCAUGUACUUUGCACAAACACGGCCUCUACUGGUUUCCAAACUUAUCCUCUUGGGCCCGGGAGGCUCUCCUCUACCCGCUUCGGCUGUUGAGUUAUUCACCAAACGUGCUGCCCUCGUUAGAGACCAAGGUAUGGAUGAUAUCGCGCAGCAGGUUGCAACAGCGGCCACCUCUCCGCUGACUCAGUCGUCCCGACCUCUUUCAUUCUCUGCGGUACGACAGUUCCUGGUCUCUACGCAUCCGGAAGGCUAUGCGAAAGGGUGCAUUGCGCUUGCCAAAUCACCAGACACGGUGAUCGCGGUCGAGACACUGCGAAUGCCUACAUUGGUCGUAGCAGGGCGAAACGACGCCAUUUCGCCAGUACAAUUGGCAGAGAAAUAUUGCAAUCGUCUACCAAAUGGACGAUUGGAGAUUUUGGAAGGCGUUGGGCACUGGCACGUCCUUGAGGAUGUGGAGACGACAGCUAGAGUAGUGAGAGGAUUUCUCGAGUGA